UGUGCGUCUGGGAACCGGCCGUGCACGGCGGGCUGGGCGGGUCUGUCCCGGCCCCACCCCAGGCCGCGCUCUACCGACCCUUCCUCCGUCCUCAGGCUCCGGGCUCUGCCUCCAGCCCAGCAUGACCGGCCUCGGCCUCGAGGGCGCCUCCGGGCUGGCCGCCAACCGCUCCCUGGCAGCGGCGGACCCGUGCGGCCGGGAGACGCGGCUGGAGAAUGUGCUCUUGGCCUCCUUCUACCUCCUGGACUUCCUCCUGGCGUUCCUGGGCAACGCCCUGGCCCUGUGGCUCUUCCUCCGGGACCGCCGGGCAGGCACCCCGGCCGACGUGUUCCUGCUGCACCUGGCCCUGGCCGACCUGGCCGCCGUGCUGGCGCUGCCCGCGCGCCUGGUCUACCACUUCUCCGGGAGCCACUGGCCCUUCGGGGAGGUGCCCUGCCGCCUCGCCGGCUUCCUCUUCUACCUCAACAUGUACGCCAGCAUCUACUUCCUCACCUGCAUCAGCGCCGACCGCUUCCUGGCCAUCGUGCACCCCGUCCGGUCCCUCAAGCUCCGCCGGCCGCGCUACGCGCACCUGGCCUGCGCCUUCCUGUGGGCGGUGGUGGCCGUGGCCAUGGCCCCGCUGCUGCUGAGCCCGCAGACCGUGCGCUCCGGCCGCGCGGUGGUCUGCCUGCAGCUGUACCGGGAGAAGGCCUCGCCCCACGCGCUCGUGUCGCUGGCCGUGGCCUUCGCCUUCCCCUUCGUCACCACGGUGACCUGCUACCUGCUGAUCCUGCGCAGCCUGCGGCGGGGCCCCCGCGUGGACGCGCGCCUCCGGGGCCGGGCGGUGCGCACCAUCGCGCUGGUGCUGGCCAUCUUCCUGGUGUGCUUCCUGCCCUACCACGCGCACCGGGCCGUCUACGUGUUGCGCCGCCACCGCAGCCCCUCCUGCGCCGCCCGGCGCGCCCUGGCCCUGGGCAACCGGCUCACCUCCUGCCUCACCAGCCUCAACGGGGCCCUGGACCCCGUCGUGUACUUCUUCGUGGCCGAGAAGUUCCGCAGCACCCUGUGCAGCCUGCUCGGCGGCCCCCGGCCCUCGGGGCGGCCCCCUAGCCUGGGAGGGAGGACCACCGAGAGCUCGGUGAGCGCCAGGUCCGAGCUGUGAGCUUCCCCAGCCACACGCCCGCCCCACCAGGUCAGACCUCAUCCCCCAGGGGCCAGUUCGUGGUCCUGUCUCCCCCACGCACAAACCCCUGAAAAGGGAGCACCGUCUGCAGGCUGCCCUGUGGCCUGGCCCUGCGCCGGGGUCUCAGUGGUCAC